AUGGACUUCUCUCUGCCAGCCCGCACUUUUGCCCAGCCAGAUGUGUCAGCAUCCUCGCUUGGCAUUUCUUGGCUGGGUUCCUUUCCACUCAUCUUUGGCGCCACAUACACAGACCCCUCCACGGUUUCACACAGUUCCGGCCGUUCCGGGCCGCCCCUUUCCGCUUUUGGCGCCAGUCAUUCGGCAUCGCCUCCACCUCCGCGGAGUUGGGCACGCCCUGGGCCGAUGCUUUUGGCCUUCGGACCUGCGCGCUGCGAUGUUUCGCCGCCGGUUCCGAGCCGCGCCACGUCGGGCGCCACCUCGUCGCCGCGGAGCUUUGCGCAUUCGGAGCCGGCGGUGUUGGCCUCGGACUUUGCCAGCUCGGAGUUGCCGCCGCUGGCGCGGGGCUUUGUACGGAUCGACUUCUUGGCGUUUUUCUUGGGGAGGAUCACCUUGGAGACCGGCAUGAGCUCGCUGCCGGUGCUGGGAAACGCACUUCUGGACGCCUUGUUGCCUGUGCAAAGCUUUGCCCAGCUGGGACCUGCUGCCUUGACCAUGGAUUUUGCAAAACUUGAAGCAGUACUGCUGCUCAGGCACCCUGCUCAUCUUGGUUUUCUGCCAUUUGCCCCAGGCUUGUGCAAGGUAGAGGCCCCGCUGAUAGUUGUUGGACACGUUGAGACUGGUAGCCUGCUUUUGUUGCAGUCCUUUGCGCGACUCGGGUCUCAAGUUCCAGUUCCGGGCAUGGCACAGCCGGGCCUCUCCACACCUCCAAGGUCUGCUUGUCGGCUUGGCAGCCCUCUGCCAACCGUUGGCAAGGCCUGUUCGGAUGUCAUCAUUUCUUUAUGGGGUGCAACAACUCCUGGUCUGCCCAUGCCAGCUCGUAGUCCCAGCCAGUUGGGCCUAGGACCCUCGGCCUUGGCUUUCUUCCAUCUUGAGUUGCUUCUGUCGUCACGUCAAUUUCUUCGGCCGGGACCCAGUCCGCCCCUGCCCGGCACAGCACAGGGCCCUGCGCUGUCGGCUCUCUCCGUGGUUCGCUGUGGUGUGCUGCUGCCACCUCGGAGCCCUGCGCACACUGGCGCGUCGCCUCUCGCUUCGGAUGCGGCGCUCCUGGAGCCGUUGCCGCCCCUCAGAAGCCCUGCACACUGCGGAUUGGCCGUACCCGCCUUGGACAUAAUCUCAGCGGAUCCAUUCUUGUUGGUGCGCGCGUUCUGCCACCCAGAAGCUGCAGCUUUGGUUGCGGGCAUGAGUCGUAUCGGAUUGCUCUUCUUGCUGUUUGUGGUGGACUGCACAACGCCCGCCUCUCCGUUGCUGCUUCAAGGGGUCGCUUGUUCAGGCCUUGCACCCCCUGUCUGCAGCUCUGCCUUCCCAGGUUCCUUUCCUGCCCUGCGUAGCUCUUCUUGCUUAGGUGCGCUUCCUUUGGCAGGCAGAAUGGCAAGCUCCGAACUUUCAGCGCUGGCGGUAUCGUUUGCCAUCCUUGGACUUUUCCUGCCACCUCGGUCAGCCUCUCGCGCAGAAUCUUCACCCUUGUGUUUGGGUCCUGCUAGCUUUGGCGUUUUGCUAGUGGCUAUGGACUUUGCCACUUCAGGCUCCGGCCUAUCUUUGCGAUCAUCUUCUCAUUUGGGCCUCCCGUUAUUGGCGCUUGGCGUAGUGAGGCUUGGCUCCAUCUUCCCGCCACCAGCCGCAGAUUCCGCCGCCCUUGGCUCAACUCCCGCGCUGCGCAGUCUCAGCAGAGCGGGACUCGCCGUUUCAGCUUCGAGCCCCGCGAGUUUCGACUUUUCGCCUUCCUCGCGCAGCUCAACCUGCUCAGAAUCGAGUCUCCUGCUCUUGGGCCGCUGUCACGUGGGCUUCCCCCUGCAAGCUGCCUCGUUGUUUGCCUGCAGCCCUGCCCACUCAGAUCUUGCCCCCUCUGCACAAACCUCCGCUCGCUCGGGUUUCCUGUCGCUCGCCUGCUGCGCCGCGCACCCGGAUGCCUCCCCACCUACACGCGCCACAGCUCGGCCCGGCUCGCCUCCUCCGACCUCGGCCGCGUGCUUGGGCCUGCCGGUUUUGGUGCUGCACAGCGCCAGCUUGGGCUCUCCGCCGCCCUCGCGGAGCUCCGCGCGACCGGAGGUCCCUUCGCCCGCCUCGGCCUUCGCCGCGCCGGGCUUCGCCUCGUCUGCGCGCGCCGUUGCGCGGACGGGCUCCGCUUCCGCAGCGCACGGCGUGGCGCGUUUAGGCGCCGCGCUGCCAGUGGUCGACUGCCUCCAUGCCGGCGCCUUGUUGCCGACCCGGUCCUCUUGCCACGUGGGCUCGGCCUCGGUGGCCUUAGAUGCUGCGUACCUGGAAGCAAGCCUGCCAGUGCGAGGGUGCAUUCGCCUCGGUGUGUCGCCAUCGGCCUCUCCUUAUGCCAGCUUCUCCAGCCUCCCAGUGGCGCACUGCGUUUCCUUGGGCUCUUCACUUUCGGCCCGCAGCCUCGCGCGCCCGGGCGCGCCAGUGCCGGCGCUGGACCUCAGUGCUCCAGGCUCUUCGCCCUCCCCGCGAGCCCGCAGCUACUCGGGCCCUGUCUUGCCUGCCUUGGGCACGACUGGAUGUGGUGCCCUACCGCCGGCGACGGCCAGUGCGCUCUCAGGUUUGCUCCUACCUUUGCGUGGCCUUUUGCGCCUGGGCCCAGCGCUCCUGGCACCUGGCCUCGGCGCUCCGGGCGCGUCGCCCUCCCUGCGCGGCGCUGCGCGGCCGGGCUCCGCCACACUGCUGCCGGGGAUGCUGCGAGUGGGGCUCAUUUUCUCGCUGCUGGUCACAGAUGUCGCAACGCCAGGCGCACCGUUGGCCCUCCGAAGCUUUGUCUAUGCUGGCUUCACUGCCUUGGUGCCGGACCUUGCCGCUGCUGGCUUGUUGCCGCCUUUGCAAUCCUUCACUCACCUCGGCUCCUUGAUGGCUCUCGUGUCCUCUGGGCGGUUGGGGCCCUUGGCGCCAGCGGCAGACCUUGCACUUCUGGGGCUCGCGCCCUCCGCACGAGGCUCUUUGCGGCCAGGACCCUCACCUUUGGUGCCGUCCGCCGGCACUCCGGGCGCGUCAUCUUCGCCUCGAAGCCCGGCGCACCCCGGCGCCGCAUCGCCGGCAGGCGGGCGUGCAUGCCUGGCGCGCCGCUUCUUGCCUUGGGUUCGGCGGCUGUGGGGUCCUCCACAGCCCUGCGGAACUUUGCACGUGCGGGAUUUGCACCAGCAGCCUUGGCAUUCUUGCAGCUGGGUUCCUUGGCGUUGCCCCAGAGCCUCGCCCGCCCGGAGCCGCCGUUUCCGGCGCUGGGCCGGGCGCGGCCGGGCGCCGCCUCGCCCGCUGUGGGCCUUGCACACCCGGAGCCGCCGCUGCUGCUCCACGGAUCUGCUCGCGCGGGAUCGGUGCCUUUCGCCUCGGACUCUGCGCAGACCGGUUUUCCUUUGUCCGCUCGUGGCAUGGUCCGGAGUGGUGGGGACCUCUACACCAGUGGAGCGCUCAGAUUCACAGACACCACCUACCUGGACGCAGCCUCAGGGAACCUAG